AUGCUGCCGGAUCGUUCCUCUUCCCUCUCAGGAUACAUUAAACUCUUGUUCCUGGCCUUACCUGUCCUUGUGCUCCUGGCUUAGGCUUCCCCAGAUGGAUGGGUCAAAAGGUGCAGUUGUAGAAUUGGCAGAUGCAGGCAAUCUUGCAAAGAAAAUGAGAAGAAGAAAGAAAAAUGUGGGCCAAAAAGAAUUUGCUGCAUCCCUGAUGGAAAGCACAUAUCGUUAAACCCUUAUGAGAAACAACAGAUAAGAUGUCAGUUUAAGGCAAGAACAACUCAACAUCCACCAACUCUUGACGUAAGACUUUUAACAGCCAGAAUAAUGAGUCAGUAAAGGACCUACAUGGCCCCUAGCUCCUUAGACACCUGCUGGGUCUUCACAUAAUCCAUUAAAGAAAAUAUGCUCAUUCCAGCUCUCUUUCCGU